CUACAAUUUUACAGUAUAGUGUCUUGUCGGCGUCGUUUAUUUGGUUAAUUAAGAGUACUUAUUUAUUAGUUUCAUUACCUUUUACUAUAUUACCACGAGUAUUUAACGUUAACUAAAAUGUCUGCUGAUAAUAUUGAAAAAUUAUAUCAAAAUUAUGGCAUUCUUGCUGAUGCUAAAGAUGACAUUUCAAAGCAUGAAAAAGAAUACUUGGAAAUACUUGCAGCGGUAAAGGGAUCAGAUAAAGAAAAACGCUUAGCGUCGCAAUUCAUUGCAAAGUUUUUUAACAGUUUUCCUAAUUUGACGGACCAAGCUACUGAAGCUCAGUUUGAUCUUUGUGAGGAUGAUGAUGUUGCGAUUCGUAAGCAAGCGAUCAAAGAUCUACCUUUAAUGUGUAAAAAUAACAAAGAACAUACUACUAGAAUUGCUGACAUCUUAGCACAGCUUUUACAAUCGGAAGAUACCACAGAAAUUAAUGUCGUAACUAACUCCUUGGUCACCAUUUUAAAAAAUGACCCAAAAGGGACUUUAACUGGUCUAUUCUCACAAAUUCACCAAAGCACGGAUAGUGAGACACCCAAUGAAGUUGUAAGAGAGAGAUGUAUUAAAUUUUUGGCUACAAAAGUAAAGCAAUUAGGUAGGGAUGUUAUUGAUAAAGAUGCCGAAGACCUUAUUAUAUUUGAAGGAAAGAAAAUCUUACAGGAUUCUGUGGCUGAAGAAUUUGAACACAUAAUGGAUUUAUUAACUUGGUCGAGACUUGGAAAGACACCAGCAGGAAAAAAAGAAAUGACACAGUUGAUAGCUGCACUGGCCUUUACCCCAGGGGAUUGGCAUCCAGAAGAUCCUGAAUAUGUUGACAGGCUCAUCCAAUGUACUCAACAUGCAAUACCUUUAUUCACUAAUCAAGUGGACUCAACACAGUUUGUCAACAUAUUCUGCGACCAUGUCUUGCUUCGAUGGAAUGAAAUUGCAACCACAGGUGGAGGGACAGAUCUAAAACUCGAAGUAUUGAAAACCUUUGCUGAAAUUACUGAGCACUGUGGAGAAAUAGAAAAUAUUCAAGACAAAAUUAAUAUUGUUUAUGAUGUUCUAAUGAAUUAUUUACCUGAAGCACCAGUUGAAAAUGAAGAAGAAAAUGCUGUUAAAGGUGAAGAAAUAGAAUGCAAACCAGAAAACCCCAAAUCUACAACAGCACCGUCAUUACAAUUUUCUCAUGUUGAAUGUGCACUUUUUGCCAUUCACUCAUUGUGUAGGAAAGCACCAGAUGCUCUUGGAGCAGAUACUGCACGACUAAAGACUUUACGCUUACGACUUCAAUACACAGCUAGGCUUACUCAAGGGUAUAUUAAAAAACUAAAGGAAGUUACACAGAGCAAAAAAGGUGAAGAUGACAACACAGAAGAAAAUAAACUGAAAAUAGCUGCUUUAAAAACAACAUCAAAUAUUAACACACUUAUUCGUGAUAUAUUUCGCACACCUCCCAGCUUCAAGAGCAAAGUACAUCUUUCAUUCCAGACAAAAAAAGUUGAAAAAGAGAUAACAACAUCUAAUGAUACAGAAGAUAAAGAUAAAUCGUCAUCAGGAUCAAAACGACACAGACCCAUUACCUUUGAUAAUGGUGAACAAAAGGAAGCAUCCGAGAAGCGUGCCCGUAGUGGUGAUAGAAAUCUUAAAAUGUAUACACCACCCUCUGGAAAAUACAGUUCCAGAUUAAAUAACUCUGGACGUUUCUCUGGCCCUAACUCUGGGAGAGGGAGAGGCAAAAGGGAAUUUUGGAACAGGGGCACACCCUUUAGAAAGCGCUACUAGAUUAUUUAACACUUCUAUACAAUCCUAAAGACUACACCUUUCAUUUAAGGACAUGAUUAUAGAAUUAGUCGCUCUUUAAAAAGAAAAACACAACACUUUUUUUUAAACGAAGUAUGGGCUGAUUUUUCAAAACAAAUUUAACAAUAAAAAGUUAUUCUCUUCGUGAUCAGGCGAUCGGCGUUUAUUUAGUUUCGUCAUAUACUUCGUUGAUUAGUUCUGUUUUCAAAGUUUUUUAGCGGUUCCAGAAGAAAUAUUUUUUGAAUAUUUCUUAUCUGUUGCAGUAGUUUUCAUGGUACUUCCAGCUACACAGAGUAUGUAGAUUUUAUUUGACAAAUUUAUUCGUAAUAUAAUGCAUGUUAAUCGAAUUAAUAUUAUAAGUUCUCAUCAUCAUCUUUUUCUUCAUAUGUAAAUGGUAAGUAUAAAUAUCUACAAUUAAUUUACUAUGUUGGUGACUUGGAACUUCAGUAUAAGCUGUAAGUAUACUAUUUUGUAGUAUUUAAAAUAUUAUAUUAACUACAUGGUACUACAUAUGAAGAUGACAUUGGCUGCCAACAACUCAUGAUUACGGUAAGUCAUUUCAAAAUGUUUUAAUAUAUAUCAUUUAAAGGGGAUGAUCUAUCAAAUAAAGCAAUUACUAGAACAUGGCUGCAAUUGAAUAUUGUUUCAGAUCUGUUUGUCUCGCUUCUUUUUUAACCAAAGAAGUAACCACCUGGAAUAAAUUCAUCUUCAUAUAAUAAAAUGAUUUUUAUGCAAA